AUGCCGACGUUCCGCAAGUCCGUACUUGCGGCUCUGUUCCUCCUCACUUUCAUUUUCGUCAUCCACUCGAGUCGAUCGACCGACGUCCGCGGCGCUCCUGGGUAUAAGACCGUUCCCGAUAUCUUCGAUGAGGAACAAGAGGUGCUUGCACAACCUAAGAAGAAGACCAAGAGCCGGCAACAAGAACCCCUCGGCGCUCUCUCCACCUCGCCGUUGAUUGAUCGUCUUCGAUACCAAUUCCCUUACGACUUUCAAAGUAAAUUCCCGGCAUAUAUCUGGCAGACAUGGAAGUACGCUCCGUCGUCCGUUUGGUUUAACGAGGGCCUUCGCGGUCCCGAGUCCAGCUGGACAAAUUUACACCCAGGAUUCACACAUGAAGUGAUUGGCGAUGAUACGCAGCGGCAUUUGAUUAAGUAUCUGUAUGGAUCGGUUCCAGAUGUGUUCGAGGCCUAUGACGCUCUUCCACUGGCAGUGAUGAAAGCAGAUUUCUUCCGAUACCUGGUGCUCCUGGCACGCGGCGGUAUCUAUAGCGAUAUCGAUACUAUCGCGUUGAAACCGGUUUCAUACUGGCUCCCCGAUGAGAUCGAUCGAUCAAAAGUGGGCUUCAUUGUUGGAAUUGAAGCUGAUCCUGACCGGCCUGAUUGGCAUGACUGGUACUCGCGUCGCCUUCAAUUUUGCCAAUGGACCAUAGUCUCAAAGCCGGGCCACCCGAUCCUGCGCGACAUGGUCGCUCAUAUUACUAAGGAGACGAUCCGUAUGAAGAAGGCUGGUAUUCUUAGGGUGGGCAAAAUGGACAAAACGGUGAUGGAGUUUACGGGCCCAGGUGCCUGGACAGAUGCUGUCUUUCGCUAUUUCAACAACCCAGAGUAUUUCCACAUCUCACCUGGAGCGAAGAAUAUCACGUAUGAGGAUUUCAGUGGUCAGACUGAACACCGCAAAGUGGGCGAUGUGGUCGUUCUACCCAUCACUAGCUUCAGCCCCGGCGUUGGGCAAAUGGGUGCUAUGGAGACUGACCAUCCAAUGGCCUUUGUGAAGCAUAAUUUCGAUGGUAAGUCCCACCUUGUACUUGAUUCUCAGUAG